GCACGCCCUGAGCGUCACGACUGAGAGUCUCCGAUGGAGGAGGAAACGCAUUAGCUCAUUCUCUCAUUCACAUGCAUGCACCGCCGGAGGAACGCGUUCAGCGGAACAUUAGAGACAGACAGAGGCACGGAGACCGGAGACGCGCGACUUUCAUUUCAUUCUUCACUUACCGAGACUCAGAAACGCGUCGCGAUGUUUGCUGAUUCAACGACAGGGUACGGUUAUGAGGAGUGUAAGGCCACAGCUGAUUGGCUGCUGGCUGAGGCUCCAGUGCGCCCCCUGCUGGGGAUCGUGUGCGGCUCCGGUCUCGGAAGACUGGCAGAAAUGCUGAAAGAUCCGCUGGUCAUCAAGUACAGUGACAUCCCCAGCUUCCCUCGGAGCACCGUUCACGGUCACGCUGGAAGGCUGGUGUUUGGCACGCUUAAUGGAACGCCGUGUGUUUGCAUGCAGGGCAGGUUUCAUCUGUAUGAAGGAUACCCCAUUCAGAAGACCACUAUGCCGAUGCGUGUGUUUAAGCUGAUGGGCGUGGAGACGGUCAUCCUGACCAACGCCGCCGGCGGACUCAACCAGGACUUUAAAGUGGGAGACAUCAUGGUCAUAAAGGACCACAUUAAUAUUCCAGGAUUCGCUGGAAACAACCCGCUAGUGGGAGCAAACGACGAGAGGUUCGGCGAGCGUUUUCCGUGUAUGUCGGAUGCGUAUGACCGUGAUCUGCAGCAGCUGGCUCAUGCGGUCGCAGCGGAGCUGGAUUACUCUGCGUUCAUGCAGGAAGGUGUGUACAGCGCCUUGGCCGGCCCGUCCUUCGAGACCGUUGCCGAAUGCAAAAUGCUGCACUUCCUCGGAGCCGACGCUGUGGGCAUGAGCACGGUUCACGAGGUGAUCGUGGCGCGUCACUGUGGGAUGAGGGUCGUGGCUCUGUCUCUGAUCACCAAUCAGGCGGUGAUGGAUUACGACAGCGAGAAGAAAGCCAAUCACGAGGAGGUUCUGCAGACGGGCGAGCUGAGAGCGCAGCAGAUGGAGAAACUCGUCUCCACCAUGGUCUCCCGCAUGAGCUGCAACAACAAGACACUAAAGCACUGACCGCCAACACAUCCGCACGCACAUCGCUAGACAAGAAUGCUAGUCAUAGAUGUCGGUUUUUCUUUUACAAUGUUUACAGGGACAAAGUGUU